AUGGGUGCAAAAAAAGUGUUUGUAACCGUUGGGACCACGAAAUUUGAUAAGCUCAUUGAGGAGGUGUCCAAGGAUGAGGUACUGGAGGUUCUGCAUUCGUUAGGGUACACUUUCGUGCAGUUUCAAGUGGGGACAGGCGAUUCUAAUGAGAGAAAACACCCAAAAAUUCAUAUCAAAUACGACCGCUAUUUUGAGAACUUUGCUCAAGAAAUUGAAAGUUCGGAUUUAAUUAUAAGUCAUGCGGGUGCAGGGACGUGUCUUGAGGUCUUAAAGCAACACAAGCCUUUGAUAGUUGUGAUAAAUGAGGAUUUGAUGGACAACCACCAAAUCGAAUUGGCCCAGCAACUGGCCAAAGAUGGGUAUUUGCAAUGUUGUACCCCACGUACUCUUAAAGACACUCUCCUGGAGCGAAAGUUUCUACAGUUUAAGCAGUAUCCGAAUCCUGACCCACGUCUCUUCAGUCGUUAUUUAGAUAAAUGUAUGGGUUUUGAAAUAAAAUAA